UUUAUAUAAAAUCAAAGUUUGAAUGGUCAAAAAGACAGAAGAGAGAGAGUCAUCUCAUCUCAUCUCUUUCCCAAUGGCCUGUAUCAUCAUCUAUUAUUAUUAUCAUUAAGUCCUAAUUCACACCACCAACACCUGUUUACCUUUUCAAUUUUUUCUUAAUAAUAAUAAUAAUCCAUCUUCAUCUUCAUCCACACAAAACCUGCUACUGAUCAUCAAUCAUCAUCGAUAUAUUUAUUUAAUAUAUAGCUUGAGAAACAUUUGGUGAAAUUUAAUUACCACACGGAUGGCUUCUGCAAGUGUGGUACCUGCAUCUGAAGUAAGAGAACCUAUCGGAAAUGCGCUUGCCGCUGAAAAGUUGCCUGAUGAGAUGAAUGACAUGAAAAUUAGGGAUGACAGGGAAAUGGAGCCGGCAAUAGUUGAUGGAAACGGGGCAGAGACAGGGCAUAUAAUCGUAACAACGAUCGGUGGAAGAAAUGGUCAGCCAAAACAGACGAUUAGUUACAUGGCGGAACGUGUUGUUGGGCAUGGAUCAUUUGGAGUAGUGUUUCAGGCCAAGUGUUUAGAAACCGGAGAGGCAGUGGCCAUUAAAAAGGUUCUUCAAGACAAGAGAUACAAAAACCGGGAGCUACAGACAAUGCGCGUAUUGGAUCACCCAAAUGUUGUUGCCUUGAAACAUUGUUUCUUUUCAACGACAGAAAAGGAAGAACUUUAUCUUAACCUUGUUUUAGAGUAUGUUCCUGAGACUGUUCAUCGCGUGAUUAGACACAAUAACAAGAUGAAUCAAAGGAUGCCCAUGCUCUAUGUGAAACUAUACAGUUACCAGAUUUUUAGAGCCCUGGCCUACAUUCAUGGUAGUAUUGGAGUGUGCCACAGGGAUAUCAAACCUCAAAAUUUACUGGUAAACCCACAUACCCAUCAAGUCAAGCUAUGUGAUUUUGGAAGUGCUAAAGUUUUGGUAAAAGGAGAACCAAACAUUUCUUACAUUUGUUCAAGAUACUAUCGGGCACCUGAACUAAUUUUCGGGGCUACUGAAUACACCACAGCAAUAGAUGUUUGGUCUGCUGGAUGUGUUUUAGCAGAAUUACUGCUUGGACAACCUCUUUUCCCAGGUGAGAGUGGAGUUGACCAGCUAGUAGAGAUCAUAAAGGUUUUGGGCACUCCAACGAGGGAAGAAAUCAAGUGCAUGAACCCGAACUACACAGAAUACAAGUUUCCCCAGAUAAAAGCUCACCCGUGGCAUAAGAUAUUCCACAAGCGGAUGCCUCCAGAAGCCGUUGAUCUUGUUUCAAGACUUCUGCAAUACUCACCAAAUCUUCGAAGCACUGCUUUGGAGGCAAUGAUUCAUCCGUUCUUUGAUGAGUUGCGUGAUCCUGCUACCAGGCUGCCAAACGGGCGUGUUCUUCCACCGCUUUUCAAUUUCAAGCCUCAUGAGCUUAAAGGGGUGGCUGCGGAUAUGGUUACAAAGUUGGUCCCUGAGCAUGCAAGAAAGCAUUGUGCAUUCCUUGGUUUGUAAAAGUAAGAAAGAAGGAAUUCUGUUUGUUCAUUUGUUCCUUGUAGUUGUGUGCCUACCGCCUAGAAGUUAUUUGUAAAACAAACCAGAACAACUUAUAAUAUUAUGCCGUAUGAAUACGCGGCUCGCCCUUGUGAAAUGCAAAACGUAAAUGUAACCAUAUAUUACGUUCAGUGUAACAACUUGUUACUCGCUCU